AUGGCCGAGUAUCCAGACACCCAGAAGUCAGACACCAUCAACGUUAAUGCUCCUGACAAGGAUGGUGAGCACGUUCCGGAGCUUGAUAGGAAGAGGAAGAGGGGAUCCUUUAUGGAGGAUGAGCUUACCGUCUUCAGCGGCAUGAUUCAGGAGAAGUGGUAUUCAAGGGGAAUGGAGCUGCAGCCAGACGCCCCGCCGGCGCCGGUGCCAUCCGACAGGGAUUGGUCGGAGAUGCCACUGGAUGCGCUUACUUUGGUCUUUGCUGGGCUCGGCGCCGUCGAGGUUCUCAUGGGCGCGGGCCUUGUGUGCCACUCGUGGCUUGAGGCAGCCAAGGCGCCUGAACUCUGGCGUAAGGUGGACAUGGGGCGGGGUCCGCGUGACAAGGAGGUGUUGGAGAAGAAGACGGGCAUUUCUUGGUGGGGGGACGGAGAUUUUGAUUUUGACUACUCAUGCUACAACAUAAAAGACAUGUCCGCAAUGGCGAAGGUGGCCGUGGACCGAUCCAACGGAAAGCUGGAGGUGUUUGUGGGGGAAACAUUUGUUACUGAUGAAAUACUCAAUUAUAUUGGGGCCAGGUCGCCCCUUCUGAAGGGGCUUGCCCUCUCGACAUGUCACGAAGUAACAAGAGAAGGAUUCACCCAUCUGGUAAACAAGUCCCCUCUGCUAGAAGACAUUGAGCUUUCGGGUUGUAUAGGUGUCGGUGGCGACGCAUUGGUGGCCGCUGGCAGGGCAUGCCUGCGGUUGCGACGCCUUGGCCUCGCCUGUAUUAGAAUCAUGAACGAGGAACUCAUGGCGAUCGUCGAUGGUUGCCCAUGCCUGGAGCAUCUCUCGGUGGUCAAUUGCUACGGCAUAUGUGUUGACGACGCCCUGAUAGCGAAGUGUGCCACUGUCAAGACGCUAGAGCUUCCGACUUCCCAGGAUUACCAUUAUGAUUCAGAUGAGUAUGAUGAUCACGAGUCUGGGGCCGCUUCCAACCGUAGCUGGAUGUCCGAGGACUAUGCUUAUAAUGAUCAUGACUCGGACUAUGAUUAUGAGUACUAA